AUGAGGGCGGUCCAAAGACGACAACAAGAUCAAGGUACGAGUUCGGGGCAGGAGAAAAAAGAAGGCAAGAAACCGUUUGUUCCAAGCGAACGGCCAAAGGGCCAGAAGUUUAGAGAUGGCCCGAGGGGGGUUAGGUACGAACGGUACACCCCAUUGAAUGUGCCGAGGGAAAGGGUGCUGGAGGAAGCCCUGAGUGCAGAUUUAAUAAAGGUAAGACCUUCCCGGUCAUCACCUAAAGCAGAUGGAACUAAACACUGCACUUAUCAUCUGAACAUAGGACAUAACACCGAGGACUGUACGGUGUUGAAGGAUAAGGUGGAAGAAUUGAUCCGAGCGGGUCAUCUGAAGAGGUUUGUCAGGGAGGAACGAAAGACGAGAAGUCCACCCAGAAGGACUAGGGUGGAAAGAAGCGACAGGAGAGAGGACAGACGUCCCGACCGUAGGAGGAGUAGAAGUCGCAGUCAUGACCGAUCACUGCGAGGAAUGAUAAACACCAUCUCGGGUGGAUUUGCGGGAGGGUCGUCGGCGUCCGCAAGGAAGAGAAACCUGAGGGAGCUUAAAAGCGUCCACAGGGUAGAUGUGAGAAAGCGUUCUAUGCCGCCAAUCACGUUUACAUAUGAGGAUUUCCACGCUCUCGAUCCGGAUGAGGAUGACCCGAUGGUGAUAACGGCAGUUAUUGCCCGGUAUAGUGUGGGAAAGGUGUUGGUGGAUCAGGGUAGCUCUGUCAACAUUCUGUACUGGAAGACAUUCCAACAGAUGGACAUUUCUGAAGACUUGAUCGCCCCUUAUAACGAACAGAUAGUAGGGUUCUCAGGGGAGAGAGUAGACACCAGAGGAUAUGUGGAUCUCAGAACGUGCCUGGGAACCGAACGGAGCAAGGAGGUGAAAACCAGGUUCUUGCUGGUGGAUGCGAGUACCUCUUACAAUGUGCUGUUGGGACGACCAUGUCUGAAUACGUUCGGGGCAAUUGUUUCCACACCUCACCUCACGCUUAAGUUUCCAUUGGAUAAUGGGAAAAUCUGUACCGUUCGAUCCGAUCAGAGGAUCGCACGGGAGUGUUAUAUGGCGGGUUUGAAGGUUCAGCCACCGUCAUCAGACCCACCCAAUCGGCAGAGGAGAAGACAAUCGGAGGUAGCGAUGGCAGAUCUAGACCCGCGGACUAAUACGGAUGAUCGGAUAGAGCCGUUGGGGGAGACAGCCCUUCAGCAUUGGGCAGAAGGAGGACCAAGUUACUACCAUCGGGAGUGA